UUUCAAAAAGGGUCUAAAACGGUGUGCAGCUAUCAUCUAUCUCCCCCCAUACGCCACCUUCUUCUUCUUCUUCCUCCGCCUCUUAUCUUCUUCUGCAAACUAGAGUGCAGAAGAAACCUUCCCUGGAGCGAAUCUCCCUUACCCAUUUCUCAAUACACCCAAAAGCUCCCAUCUUUGGGCUUAAUUUCUCUUGAAUCUCACUUUUGGGGUUUUGGGUCCUUGCGGUUCAGUAAUGGUUCAUUACCAGAGAAACCAUCAAUGUAUGAAGAAAGGGGGAGGUGAGAAUGAAGAAGACGAACCUCACCACCCCCUUGGUUUGGUUUGUGGGAAUAUGAGCUAUUAUUAUAACUUCAAGAGAGCAAAACCCAAGCUUCUCUACCUCCUCUUUCUUUCUCUCAUUUCUUGCUGCUUUGUCUUAGCUCCCCAGAUCCUCAACUCAUUAGGCUUUGAAGGUGAAGUGCUUGCUCAUGAAACUGAUUCAAAUGCUUCCCUUUGUUCAUCUGUCUCCAAUGCUAAAAAAUGUAAAAAAAGACCCUCUAGCUCCAUUUUGGCAAUGGGCUCUUAUUGUACUAUGUGCUGUGAUAGAAGUAGCUUCAGGUCAGAUGUUUGUGUGAUGAAAGGGGACAUAAGAACAGAUUCUGCUUCAUCAACAAUUACCCUUUACACAACAAAUGAUAUCAAUGAGGCAAUAUUUUCCCAUGAGAAGAUAAAGCCCUACACCAGAAAAUGGGAAACAAGUGUGAUGGACACCAUUGAUGAGCUAGAGCUUGUUAUAAAUAAGAAGCAGAAGAAACGACAGUGUGAUGUUCGCCACGACGUUCCCGCGGUUUUCUUCUCCACGGGAGGGUAUACUGGUAAUCUUUACCAUGAGUUCAAUGAUGGAAUACUGCCACUCUACAUCACCUCUCACCAUUUCAACAAGAGAGUUGUCUUUGUCAUCCUUGAGUAUCACAACUGGUGGAUUACCAAGUACGGUAACAUCCUCUCGCAGCUCUCGGAUUUCCCCCCCAUUAAUUUUAGAGACAACAAAACCCAUUGCUUCCCCGAAGCCAUUGUCGGUUUGAGGAUCCACGACGAGCUGACGGUUGAUUCUUCACUUAUGGAAGGCAACAAGAACAUAAGGGAUUUCCGGGAGCUUCUGGACCAAGCUUACUGGCCUAGGAUAAGAGGUUUAAUCCAAGACGAGGAACGCGAGGCCAGGGGCAAAAUGGGAAAACCUCAAUCUUUGGCUUCUUCUCCGCCACUGCAGAAGGUGGUGGCGCCGAAGUUGGUGAUAAUAGCCAGAAACGGAUCGAGAACGGUGACAAACGAAGGCCCAUUGGUCGAGUUGGGCGAGGAAAUUGGGUUUCGGGUGGAAGUGUUGAGGCCAGCUAGGACUAGUGAGCUUGCAAAAGUGUAUAGGCUCCUCAACUCAAGUGAUGUAAUGGUUGGAGUGCAUGGUGCUGCAAUGACUCAUUUCCUCUUCUUGAGGCCCAAAUCUGUCUUUAUCCAAAUAAUCCCUUUGGGGACAGAUUGGGCAGCAGAGACUUACUAUGGGGAACCAGCCAAGAGACUGGGCUUGAGGUACAUUGGCUACAAAAUCCUUCCCGGAGAGAGCUCGUUAUUCGACGAAUAUGACGAAAAUGACCCCGUUCUCCGUGACCCCGCCGCGGUGAACAGUAAGGGCUGGGAAGUUACAAAAAGGAUCUACCUUGAUCACCAAAACGUGAGGUUAAACUUGGGGAGAUUUCGAAGGAGACUCAUUUAUGCCUAUUACCACUCCAUUACCAACCAGAUGAAAGGGCAAAUUGGUCUUCGUCAAAGCCAAUGAAUUGAAUCAAUCCACUGUUCUAAGAAAGCCUUAUGCUAUGCUAUGUAGGUGGUGACCGUUGAAAGACUUGUAACUGGUUGUAGAGACCAGAUGUUUCAAAUGUGUG